UUAUAACAUAUUGAAACCUUAAGGUGUUAAUUAACAAGAAAAGAAAAACGUGUCAACCGCACGUGAUUUGGUUUUUAUCAUCUGCAUAUUUCUAAGUUUUCCCGUUUCUCGAACUUUGUUGAAAUUUUCAAUUUUUGAUUCAAAGUUAUGCAUUGCGUUGUGGUGUUAUUGUGAUAAAUCGAAAAACAACGUAUUUUCUUGACUUUCGCCAGUGAUCGCAUGAGAUGGUUUUUGUUUACCAAACAUUGUCAAUACGAGUGCGUGGAUAAAAAAUAAAACGGAAUAAAAGGAAAUGUGAGAUAGCUCGAGAUUCUUACUCACUCUGUGUAAAUAUUCAGAAAUUUGGAGCGUACGAAAUGUGUUGAUAUUUCAAUUUGAAAAUUAUUGAGAUAGUUUUCUCUAUUGGCACUUAUGAAUAGAAAAGUCGUUAUCGGAAUUGGGACAUUGUUAGCACGAUUGAAUUUUUAAACGAGAAAAAGUGGUGAACGAAAGCAGCACCAAAAAAGAGAAGUUUUUGUGAAUAAUAUCGUCAUACACGCACAUAAUAGUUCCAUAAAAGUGUUUUCCUGUUUAUAAACGAAAAAAUGGAUUUAACCGAUAAAAAUUUUAGUCCAAAAAAAUUGCCCGACCGUAAAAAACGUUUGGCCAAAGGAUGCACUACGUUGAUGUAUUCAUGUCAGCAAGGUAAAUCAGAUGAUAUCGUGACCGAGCUGCGGAUCAAGCCAAAGUCAACGUUAUAUCAACGUGACAGAAGUAACAAAAGUGCUCUUCACUAUUGUUGCGGACAAUUAGAUCUCGUGGCGGCCGCAAGUAUAACAACAGCGGCUCCAGAUUUAUUGGAGUCGGCUGAUGAAGAUGGCCUUACGCCAUUGCAUCUGGCGGUUAUACAAGGGAACACAGCAUUGGUAAAUUUAUUGAUAGCGAACAAAGCAAAUGUAAAUGCUGUCGAUAACGAAGGACAUUCAGUUGUUCAUUGGGCAAGUGUGUGCGGUGAAGUUGAAGCGUUGCGUGCAUUGUUGGCAGCUGGAGCCGAUAUAUCUAUAACAGAUUUGAAUGGCGGAUCGCCGCUACAUUAUGCAGCACAAAUGAGCAAUGGUUCCGGUUACCAAUCACAAUCGGCCAACUUAGCAUUAGACAUUUUGGAAAUAUUUUUGCAACAACCAAAUGUACAAGUUGAUGUAUGUGACCGAGAUGGACGUCAACCUCUAUUAUGGGCUGCUUCAGCUGGUGCUGUCAAAGCUGUUUUGAUGCUGGUCAAAGCUGGUGCACGAGUCGAAAGCGCUGAUAAGGAUGGACUGACCGCUAUACACUGUGCCGCAUCAAGAGGACACACCGAAUGCAUUAAUGUUUUGACUAAUUUAUGCGGUGCACCGGUCGAUUUAAUUGAUACCAACGGUUGUACUGCCCUUCAUUAUUCUGUUACACUUGGGCAUGCUGAUGCGACGUAUAUGCUAUUGGAUUUAGGUGCUGACCCAAAUCGACAGGAUCGUAAAGGACGAACACCAGCCCAUUGUGGGUGCGCCAAAGGCCAAUUUGAAACCGUAAAAUUGCUGCGCGAUCGAAAGGCCAACCUGUGGCUACGUAACGCCAAAGGCGAUUUACCAUUGCAUGAAGCGAGCAAUUCUGGUCGACGUGAACUAGUUCUUUGGUUAUUGGAUCAACGACCAAAACAUGUAAACACAACAAGCAACGAUGGUCGCACCAUUUUACAUAUAGCAGCUAGCAAUGAUUAUGCUGAUAUGUGCAAAAUGUUAAUCGACUUUGGCGCCGACAUCAACAGCAUCUAUCGACUUCCAGGAAAUGUCGUUCAAACUCCACUUGACUGUGCGCUGAACAAAGGUCAUCGAUCGACGGCUAAAUUUUUACAACUUCAUGGUGGUCUACCAGCGAAUAAAUUACGUUUAUCGGGACGUAAUCCAAACGCAUUGAAUGAUCAGGAAUUGGUUAAACCAUUGCCAUUAACAUUUAGUGGAGAUAAAAAGCAACGUUCAUCGAAUGCAAAUGAACAAGCGAAAAAAACGCGUAACGUUUGGCUGUACGUUGACCAUUCUGAUACGGAUGAAGAUGGGGAUAUGAAUGCGGAUGCUGAUGAAAUGAAGCGUGAAGAAAAAUAUACGGAAGAUGCAAUGCCGGGAAAAUCUCGUUCUCGAAAACCAUGCGGUUGUCAUUACCAUUAUCAUCAUCAUUAUAGGCACCGUUGUCGCUUUCGAAGCAACAGCUGCGAACGAAUAGAAAUCUUGCAGCGUGACAGUGGCCCAGACAAUAACAUUUGCCGGUCGAAAAGUAAUGUGGAAAUUUGUUUAUAUCAUAAAAAGAAACCGAGAGGUCGACGUGAUGCAACAUCUACGGAAAAUUCAUCGAGCGAAGUGGAGAGCAGCGAACACUGCCAUCGAAAUUAUCGACGCAAACGUGAUAGUCAUCGAUCAAAGGAAAAAUCAAAAGUUGCCUCUGGCAAAGAAUCGGAUGGAAAAGAAAAAAUCACAACAUUAACACAAUUGAGCCCAGAGAAACAAGAAAUUGGAAAAAAGGAUCAUCGUCAACAAGCGUCAAAAGAUGAAAAGAAAGUGGAAACUGAAAAGAAGGCAAAGUUCACAUCGAAUAUUAAUGUACAGCAACCAAGUGAAUCAUCUGCAAAAGUGAAAUCUCCGGAUAAAACUACGAUGGUCGAUAGUGCAAAAGCAGGAAGCGUUCCAGUUGAAGAAUCAACAAAAAAAUCGAUAAUUACUGUGGCUGAUGUUCACACUCCAUCUGAAUCGCAAAAUUCAACAAAGAUACACUCUGAAACUUCUGCCAAGGCAGAGACUAAAGAAGAUACCCAACAAAAGGUUGAAACUAAAAAAUCGAACGAUUCCGCAAAAGAAACGGUUCAGCCAUCGGCCGAUGCUCAAACAUUGUCGUCUGUCGAUAAAAAGACAUCUGAUGAAAAGAAGUCCAAUGAUUUAAACGCAAUAAAAUCGACUGAACAAAGCUCAUUACAAGAGUCGAAGCCAAUCCAAUCGGGUGUUGUGGCAUCGGAAAAAGAAACUACGGAUGGUAAGGAGAUUAAACAAUCAAAAACUAUAAAAGAAGGGAGCCAAGAAAAACAAGACGAAGCAAAACAAUCAGAAAAAGCAGAUGGUGGUGGCCAAAACAACGUUCAAACUACCAUCACUGUCGAUGAACCGGCCAUUGUUUCCGAAACUACUGAAGCCACUGCCAUUGAUGUCAAACCAGCACCCAGUACAACAAUCGAUGAAACCAAAGAAACAAAACCAGCGGAAAAAGCGACAGAGAAUAAAUUAAAUCAGAGUGCUGAUGCAAAAACAAGUGUUCAAAUUGAUGAAAAAAAUCGUGCUGAUAAAAAAGCCGAUGCAGCGUCUGAUGAUAAAACAUCAAAUGUUGAUGCUUCCAAAAGUUUUCAAGUUCUUCCAAGCGAAAAACAACAAAGUGAUAAUUUAAAUCAGGAAAUAGACGAUACAGGUAAUAAUUUGGGACCGCCAAAACCACCCACAGAAACGAUUCGCAAAACAAGUUUUACCGUACUCAAAAGUGACCAAUCAAUCGAUGAUUUAUUGGCCGGAUUGGAUGAAAAUGAAAGCAAAGAGUUGAAAAACGGUGAUUCAAAUGAAAAGAUAUUAAGUCGCCCGAAAAGUUUUAAAGUUUUAAAAUCACGUGAUGCAAGCGGUGAAGAUAUUAUUUUGCAUCAAAGCAGCGAUCAGGAAACGGGCGGCAAUGAAAAUUAUGAAGAAUUUCUAAAUCGUAAUUUAGCAUAUGGUGGCAAAUAUUCGGACAGUGAACUUGUUAAAAGUGAUGGCCAAUUCAAUGGUCGCCGAAAGAAAUAUAAAAAAAAGGGCAAAAGUGUUAAGCAAUUAACCAUUGUUGAUGGAUUGAGUAAAGAUCAAGAUUCUGGUUUUGAACCAAGUCCAAGAACAUUGCGUGCAACACAAAAAAAUUUAACAACACGCGCCAUUUAUACAGCCAGUUUGCCGGAACGUCCAAGAGUUGGUGAUAUCAUCGAUGGCCGUUCAUCUAGCUCACGCUUUGAUCAAGCGAGAAAACUUGGUGAUAAAAAUGCAUGUAAUAUGACAACCGUAUCGCAAACAUUACAACGUAAUAUCAGACGAUAUUACAUGGAGCACAAAAUAUUCCAGCAUUUGUUGGAGUUGAAAAGUUUGCAGAUUCGAUCGAGUAAAGUGAAUGAAUCGUUGCUAGUGAAACGAGCCGUUGAUGAUUACCAUAAAUCGACCAUGGAAAUUGGCAGUGAAACGGGUAGCACACUCAGACGUUAUCCGUACAAAGAGUAUACAUUCAAGAAUUUUGAAAUUUUCCUGUACGAAGUAUUGAAAAGCUUACAAAAGAGCGGAUCCAAUAAUUUCCAAAACAUUUCCGAUGUUUACUUGGAGGCCGAACGAAGACUCAGCCCAGAUUACACGCGUUGCAAAAAGGCGAUGUACUGUACCAGCAAAACUCAUCGUUGUCUUCAUGCGGCUCAUGCAUAUACAGGCAUUCCAUGUGCGGCGUAUAUACCAAUGAUGAAUCAUCAUACGAUGCCAAAAUAUGGUUUUGGUAAGACGAGCAUGGGAAGCUUUUAUUUGCCGAAGAUUUGUACAAAAGGCGGCGGAAUUGGUGGCGCUGGUAAAUGUGGCAGCGGAAAUAAUUCGCACAACACCGUUUCACUCGAAUUAUCACAUGGUAACAACAAACAAUUGAUCACAUUGCCAGCUGAAAAAUUAGAUAAUAAUAAACGGUACUAUGUCACAUUUACGCUGAAAGAAAACGAACAAUCAAAGUGUGGUGGUGGCAAUGGCGUCGUCGGUAGCACAAAUAUAACUGCCACAUCAGCAACGGUCGAUGCAAAAAAAUAAAAGAAGCAAAAAAAAAAACCAAAAUUAAACCGACCAAUUUGACAAAAAU